AUGAAAAAUAGCAGUUGGAUCAGAAAGAACUGGCUUCUUGUAGCUGCAGUUUCCUUCAUAAGCAUCCAUCUUGGAACGUAUUUUAUACAGAGGGCUGCAAAACAGUCUGUAAAGUCUCAGUCUGGAGGCAAACAAAAGAGUUUGAAUAAUGAAUUAACAUAAAUAUUUGGAAUUACUGAUAUGUCAUUACAUCAUUACGUGCCAAUUAGCAUCAUAAGUAUGAAGCUAAGUAUUUAAUUUUACAGCCGCAGUGCUGUAUAUGUGGACUUUCAUUCCCAAAAGAUAACCGUGUUAAAUGUUAAAACCCACGACAAUACAAUAAAUAGAAAACUCUGGUUAAAAAAAUAAAAGCUGUCUUCACAAAUUAC